CGGCCGGAAGGCAGAAGGCACGAAACAAAAGCGUCGGGAACCUCGGGAAGCGAAUUCGCAAGCUGUACGUGGUGCAAAAUAGCUUAGAGUUUUACUUGGAAUAGUGAAUUAAAUAAAUAACGUGUUUGUAAGACUUAAACAUUUAGUUUUAUCAAUAAUUUACUAUUGAAUAUGACGCGAUCUCAUAAGAAAAACAACACGUCAAGUACGACCGAUGAAUCCAACAAAGAGACAGCUAAAAAACGUGUUGAUAAUUCCUGGUUACUCUUAGCUCCAGACGUUUUAUUACAAAAUUCUGAGUUUGUAAUUGUAACUCUACCACACCCAGCCAGCAGAAAGCCUAGCAAGUAUUGUUUGGACGAAACUAACAAGAAAAUAUAUGAAGUCGUUACAUUUAAUGAGCCCCACCGAUGCUGGUUCACUGGCCAAACUGUCAAGUCUGAUGCUAGCAUGUUUAUGUUGACUCCCAUAAAUCCUAUAUUCCUGGUUUUGCCGCAUGUAAGGGAGCAAUGCCAGAGCAAAGCAAUACCCAUUGAAGAUUUGCUAUCAGAAAAAGGACUUAGCAAGCUUUUUGCCUUCAUUGCUGGUAUUGACAAUAUUGCAGAUCUAAAGGGCCCUGAAGAUUUACAAGCUUACAAGUAUAAUGAAAGUAAAACUUUGUCAUGGCUUGAAAGUAAGGUGAAGAAAUUGGCUAAAGUAUUGAGAGCCAAGAAAAUUCACGUUCGGUCAGGUGCUGCCUCUGCUACAUUUGUAGCUAGUACUGCCAAUGAUGAUACUGUGGAUGACGACUUUUUCCUGAAGUAUGCUCUAGGCAUAAUAGGUGAAUAUCUUGAAGAGGACAUAGUGGACAUAUUGGAAAAGAAGUUUGAUUUUAAGCCUGACAUGAUUGAAUCUUUAGGACAGAAACGAAAAUCCGAAGUUGCAGAAAGUAACAACAAAAGAGUAAAAAGUGAAAAUACUGAAGACAGUAAGCUGAUGACUGCUCUUUCACCACUUCCAAAUAAUGUAACCAAACAGAAACCAUUAACUGCCAAAGAAAAAGCUCGACAGAAGGCUGCAAGUGGUACAAAAACCAUAUCAGCUUUCUUUACUAAAAAAUAGCAUUAUCUUGCUUGAAUAAAGUAAUCACCAUUUUAGUUUGCUUAUUGUGCUUUAACAAGAAACUGGUAAGUACUCAAUAUCUUAUGCCUUUAAACAAGAAGAGUGUACAUACAUUCCACAACACUUCUCUUUCCAAACUGACUAUAUGUAUGUAUAUUAGUAUAUUACCUACUAGGUUCUCAGAAACGACUAGCUGAAAUUUGUCUCCUAGAUAUUUUCUGUUAUAUGUUUUACAACCCUUACAUACAUUACAUACCCUCACCUUAAAAUAUACAUAUUUCUCAAUGUAAAUUCAACAAUACAAGAACCCAGCGAAAAACCGGUAUUUGUGGUAUUCCUUUUAUUAAAUAAACAUAAUUGACUCAUA